CGGAAACGCUACCCGCAAACCGGUUCCCUAUUGUUCGACGCACUACGUACGUCAUCUGACCAGGUGUGCGUGUUGGCAGGCAGCGGUGGCCGGUCAUACGCCGCGCUCAGUCGGUACGCACAUUCUAACGCGCUGGCUCGUGAAUUUAUAUCUCGCUUUGAUUGAUUGACACGGUACGAACGAAAUAACCUACAAAGUUGGCCGACGUCACUUAGAAUAUUACAAAAUGCGGAAACAAGUGUUGACUAUAGAGCCACAGAAUGAACUUCAAUUCAACACACUGUACGAGCAGGACUACACAAGCUACAUACGGCUUACAAACCCCACGAAUGAUAGAGUUAUUUUCAAGAUAAAGACAACUGCACCAAAGUAUUAUUGUGUACGUCCCACUUGUGGUGAACUUGAACCUAAGUCAAAAGUGGAAGUUGCAGUAACGCUUCAACAAGUCUAUAUUGAUCCGUGUGAAAAUUACAAACACAAGUUUAUGGUGCAAAGUGUUAUUGCUCCUGAUAGUAAAACUCAUAUGUAUGAAGUGUGGAAAGAGGUAAGCCCUGACCAGGUCAUGGAAUACAAAUUGAAGUGCGUUUUCGAGACUCCGCGUGGUCCUUAUGCUAUCGAAAAUGAUUUCACUGAGAACGAAGUAACCGAGGAACGGGUUGCAGUUACAGAUAAAUCAAAGACCACUGCGAAAACUGAAGAAGAUCUCGUCCAGAAUGAAGAAAAGAGGAAGGAUGAUAAGCACAGAACAGGAACUUUAAGCGCAAAAACGGCAAAAUAUUUGUCUAAAUCUGAAAAUUCGAAAAGUGAUCCACCAAACACGAUUACGGAAACAAUUCUUGCGUCGGAAGAAGAAAGCAAAUUAAGACAUGAAAAUCUGCAAUUAAAACGGGAGCUAGACCGCCUGCGUCAGUCGGCGAGCGGGGUCGAUCGGGUGUCGCGUGCGCAUUCUUACGGGCCCGAGAAGAACGCGCAGGUGACUUUGUUGACAUGGCUAGGCACCGCGGUGGGCAUGGCUAUAAUUGGUAUCAUCAUUGGAAAGUUUGUUAUGUGAACUAAUCCUACUGCGACCUGGCAACACUCACAAACACCGCUGUCUCUGCACUCCCAACGCAUCACUCGCAAGACAUUGUUUUUUGGAGCAACUUGUCCAAACUUAUGGAAUACCGUUAUUGUUUUCUAUUAGGAAUUCUUUAUUUGGGUUAGUGCUAAUAUUAAUUUCCAAAUAAUAAUUCAGAGUAUCCGCGAUCAAAAUUUUUGAAACAAAAUAAACAAUAAUUCUUUAUAUUAUUUAAUAAUAUAUAUAAAUACUUAGUGGUCAUUUCAUAUUGAGAACAUUUUACUAGUGCUAAAUCUUAACAGCAGCUGCAGUAUUCCGUAAAAUAAACUAAAAUUAACUUUUCUUCGGAUAAUUAAUGAAAUAUAGAUA